UCACAGUGAGGUGAAUGCUAAAGUGAAACUGUGCUGACGGACAACAGGGAAAUCUGAGCUAUUUUUUUUUUCAAACUAAAAUAUAUAUAUGAAAUUGACGCUCACUCAUUGAUUUAAAGAGCAAGAGAGCAAUGGCAGAAUCUUCAUCAACCUCACCGCACAGACAGACCAGAAGAAACAGUAUGGAUACACCUCCAAUAGGUCUGUCAUCCUCCAGUGGUGCCCUGUCAGACGAGCUGCAGUGUUCAAUCUGUCUGGAUGUGUUUACUGAUCCAGUCAGCACUCCAUGUGGACACAACUUCUGUAAACCCUGUUUAAAACAGUGCUGGGACACGAGUCAAGAUUAUCACUGUCCCCUCUGUAAAGAAACAUUCAAUAAAAGACCCGAUCUCAAGAUCAACACAACACUUAGAGAGAUUGUGCAGCUCUUUAAAGAAAGGUCUAGUCAGAAGAAAUCUGAAGUUUUGUGUGACAUGUGUGAUGAUAAAAAGCAAAAAGCCUUGAAGUCCUGCAUUGUGUGUCAGAUCUCUUACUGUGAAACUCAUCUGGAGCCUCAUCAGAGAAUCCCAAAUUUAAAGAAACACAAACUGAUUGAUCCUGUAGAGAAUCCUGAGGACUUUAUAUGCCAGAAACAUGAGAAACCUCUGGAGUUGUAUUGUAGAGAUGAUCAGACAUGUGUGUGUAUGUUGUGUGCUGUGACAGACCACAGGAAUCACAACAUUGUUGCUGUAGAAGAAGAGAGUGGAGAGAGGAAGCCUCAACUGAUGAAGAUACAGACAGAUGUGAAGCAGAAGAUUCAGGACAGAAUGAACAAAAUUCAGGAUAUCAAACACUCAGCAGAACUUAGAAAAAAUUACUCAGAGAAAGAGAAAUCAGAGAGUGUUGAGCUCUUCAGUGGUCUGAUCAGAUCUAUUGAGAGAUGUCAGACUGAACUGCUGGAGAUGAUGGAGAAGAAGCAGAAAGCAGCAGAGAAACAUGAUGAAGAUCUCAUUAAAGAUCUGGAGCAGGAGAUCAGUGAGCUGAAGUGGAGAGACAUUGAGCUGGAGAAGCUCUUACACACUGAAGAUCAUCUUCAUCUCCUGCAGAUUUACCCAUCAGUGUGUAGCCCUGUAAACACCAAAAACUGUCCUGAGAUCAGUGAUACUGAAAUACAGCUCAGUGUGGAACCUCUAGUGAAAGCUCUGACUGAACUACAGAAGACUCUAGAUGAGAAACUCACUGAAACUGUGUUGCAGCAAUAUGCAGUGGAUUUGACUCUGGAUCCUGACACAGCUUAUCCAUAUCUCAUCCUGUCUGAUGAUGAAAAAGAAGUGAGAUGUGGAGACAUUGAACUUAAACUCCCAGACAACCCAGAGAGAUUUCACAGUUGUACCUGUGUUCUGGCAAAAGAGGGAUUCUCAUCAGGAAGAUUUUAUUUUGAGGUUCAGGUAAAGGAAAAGACUGAUUGGGAUCUUGGAGUGGCCAGAGAAUCCAUUAACAGAAAGGGAAAGAUCAUAGUGUGUCCUGAGAAAGGAUACUGGACAAUCGUUCUAAGAAAUGAGAAUCAAUAUAAGGGUCGUGAGGAUAUUCCUCUCUCUCUCUCUCUGAGAGUAAAGCCUGAGGUUGUGGGGGUGUUUGUGGAUUAUGAGGAGGGUUUGGUCUCCUUCUAUGAUGUGAAGUCCAGGUCUCAUAUUUACUCUUUCACUGGUCAAUCUUUCACUGAGAAACUUUAUCCUUACUUUAGCCCCGAUAAUAAUAAAAAAGGUAAAAAUGCAGCACCACUCAUCAUCUCACAAGUUAAACUGCUAAAGUGAGACACUUAAACUGAAUCUUUAUCAUUAUGUGUAUAUUUUUAUUAAUAAAAAUCAUAAUAUUUUUAAAGGGGACAUUUCAACAGGACU